AUGGUGGCCACCUGCCUGCACCUGGCUGGAUUUGUCUGCAGUUUUAUAGGGUGGAUUGGGGUGGUAGUGGCAACGGCCACCAAUGACUGGGUGGUGACUUGUGGCUACACCAUUACCACCUGCAGGAAAAUGGAUGAGCUGGGAUCCAAAGGGCUGUGGGCAGACUGUGUCAUGGCAACAGGUCUCUAUCACUGCAAGCCCCUCGUGGACAUCCUCAUCCUGCCAGGGUACGUCCAAGCGUGUCGAGCACUGAUGAUCGCCGCCUCCGUCCUGGGGCUUCCUGCAAUCUUCCUGCUGAUCACUGUCCUGCCCUGCAUCCGGAUGGGCCACGAGCCUGGAGCUGCCAAGUACAGGAGGUCCCAGCUGGGAGGGAUCCUCAUCAUUCUCCUGGCCAUGUGUGGUGUCGUUGCGACCAUCUGGUUUCCUGUCUGUGCCCACCGUGAGACCACCAUCAUGAGCUUCGGCUACUCCCUGUACACAGGCUGGAUUGGCUCUGCCCUCUGCCUCUUUGGUGGCUGUGUCAUCGUCUGCUGCUCAGGAGACGCCCAGACAUUUGGUGAAAACCGUUUCUACUAUGCCUCGGGCUCCAGCUCCCCUACCCACGCAAAGAGCGCUCAUGUGUAA